GGUGCAUUCUGCCACAGAAAGGCCUCUCGCGGCAGAAUGGUGGGCCCGCGCCCAGCGGCGUCCUGGGCUCCUCUUGGAGCCCUCUUGGGUCACUCUGGGGGCCCUCGUCGUGCCCUCUGGCACGACGGCCCCAAGACGGUCCCGACACUGCCCCAGGGACGCUCGAGCUGUUCAACUUCGAUGAGCUGUUCACCCACGGUGUGCGAGUCCCAGGUUCAGCACACCGUGGUUUUAAUCCACGGGUUCGCACUAGUCAGCUACAAUUCUGGCAUCAGUGCGUGCGAAAAAGGUGGGCAGUGGCAGCAUGCACUGUGCCUGCUGCGCGAGCUGAGGGGUUCGAGGCUGGAGCCAGACGUCGUAAGCUACAGCGCCGGAGUCAGUGCUUGCGAGAAGGGCGGGCAGUGGGCGCAUGCGCUGUUGUCGUUCCGCGAGCUUUGGGCCGCGCUGCUGGAGCCUGACGCCCUCUGCUACGGUGCUGGAGUCAGUGCGUGCCAGAAUGACGGGCAGUGGGAGCAGGCCCUGUCAUUGAUCCGCGAGCUGUGGGAGUCGACGUUAGAGCGGGGUCCCAUCAGCUGCAAUGCAGGGAUCAGCGCGUGCGAGAAGGGCGGGCAGUGGCAGCAGGCGCUGUGGUUGCUGCGGCAGGCGCGGACUGGCCUAGAGCCAAACACUAUCAGCUACAGCGCUGGCAUGAGCGCGUGCGAGAAAGGCGGGCAAUGGCAGCAUGCACUAUUGUUGCUCCGCGAGUUGCGGGAUUCGGACUUGGAGCCGAACGUCGUCAGCUACAGUGCCGGAAUAAGCGCGUGCGAAAAAGGUGGACAGUGGCAACGGGCAUUAUUGUUGCUGAGCGAAUUGUGCGAGUCGAGCUUGGAGCCAAACGUCAUCAGCUACAGUGCUGCCAUCAGCGCGUGCGAAAAAAUGGGGCAGUGGCAGCAUGCCUUAUUGAUGCUGAGCGACUCAUGCGAAUCGGCGGUGGAGCUGGGGGUUAUCAGUUACAACGCUGGAGUCAGUGCCUGCGAGAAGGGUGGGCAAUGGCAGAAGGCACUGUGGCUGCUCAGCGAGCUACGGGAAGCAAAGCUGGAGCCGAAUGUCAGGAGCUUCAAUGCUGGCAUAAGUGCUUGCGGGUCAUGCCAGCAAUGGCAGCGGGCCAUGGGGUUAUUAUGUAAGAUGUCCGAUGCGGACCUCAGGCCAGACGUCAUUAGCUACAGUGCUUGCAUCAGCGUUUUCCAGGAAAGCGGCCACUGGCAGCUGGCGCUGUUAUUGUUCAACGAGUUUUUGGAAUCGAUGUUGGCAGCAACCGCUGUCAGCUACCUGAAUGUAAUCAGGGUUUGCGAAGAAGGUGGGCAAUGGCAGCAGGCAUUGUCGUUGCUCAACCAGUGCUGGGAAGCGAAGUUGGAAGCGACCGUCCUCUGCUACAAUGCUGGAAUCGGUGCUUGCGGGAGAUGUAGGCAGUGGCAGCAGGCGCUGUGUCUGCUCAGCGAUAUGGAGGAGCUCACAAUAGAGAUGGACCAUGUCACCUGCUGUGCAGGAGUAAGUGCUUGCGAGAAGGGCGGGCAAUGGCAACGGGCCCUGUCAUUACUCAGUGAUUUACGCGCAUCUGGAUUGGAGAAAUCAGCAAUCAGCCACAGCAUAGGGGUGAGUUCGUGCAGGCAUCGUGGAGAGUGGCAACAGGCGUUGUCGUUGCUUCGCGGGAUGUGGCACUGGAAUUUGGAGACGGACGCCGUGACCUACAAUUCCGGAAUGUGCGCUUUGGACAGCAGUGGCCAGUGGAAGCAGGCGCUGUUAUUGACUCGCGAGCUGCGAGACAUACAGUUGGAGCUGGAUGUCACGGGCUGUGGUGCCGUAGCGCGUGCGUGUGAGAACAGCAUGCAGUGGCAGCGGACGCUGUCACUGCUGUACGAGUUUCGCUCAGAGGAGCUGGAGCUCGAUGUCAUCGUUUACAAUGCUGGAGUUUGUGCCUGCGAAAAUGGAGGGCAGUGGGAGCGAGCGUUGCUGCUGAUCUGCGAGAUGUGGAAGGCGAGGGUGGAGCUGGAUCCCGUCAGCUGCUUCACUGCAGUCCGUGCUUACGAGGAAGGCGGGCAGUGGCUGAAGGGAGUGUCGAUGCUCAGCGAUCUGUUUUGCACCUUUGAUGGCACUCUCUCGCUGUUCCGCCCGUCGCGGGGUACGGAAGAGCCAGACCGCAUAUCGUUGGUUUGAUAGUGUAGCGGAGCGUGCAGCAUCUGAUUAAGCAAUGGCUUAUAUUAAGUGUGUUGGUUGGGUAAACAGUCGCUCGUUUGUGUAGAUUUUCACGCGGCCCCUUCAAUCUUCUGAGAAGUGAAGUGCGUCAUCGUCCUCAUGCAGUACUUCUCGCGCAUGCUCGGAGUCCGACAGUUGUUUUAUAAAUCAUGAUUUCAACAGAGGGUCGUACUUCUGUCUUCUCUAGGAGGAGAUGGUGCCAAAGUCACGAGGCGUGCGAAGUGAAGUUGGAGCCUUUUCUUCUCGGGGGUGAUGAUGCUAGUGUGUCCUGGGCACGAAAGGAAGAUGUGACAGCCGGCGCCGUCUCUGCUCAUAGAGAUGUGCUCAACGGCGUGACCGUGUUGGGAUAGUGCUGCAGCUGUAUGCGCUCCUCAGACAGUUUGAUCGUCGCACUGACCAGACACAACCUACGCCAGAAAGGGAUAUACUGAUUGCAUGUCAGGUUUUUGGAUUUAGUUCAUUCGCGUGAGCACCACCUCCAGGGAA